CCGGGCUGGCGGGUGGCGGCGAGCGCGAACCGAAGCCAGAGCCCGGGCCUCCGAGCGGGAGGCAGAGGGCCGGAGAAGACGGUGGGCUGGAGCGCGGAGCGCUUAGCUCCCCGCCGAGUGCGCGUCCUCCGGGCGAUUCCGCAUAAAUGUCAAAAGUAUUUCCUGUGAAGCAUAAGAAUCCCUGACUGUGGAAGUGCCUCACAAGCACCAUUAACUAUAAAGUGAGGCAAAGUAUGAAAGAACCAUCUGGUUGAGCUUACAAUUGGAAGACCACCGCAUCCACCAGAAGACCCAGGAUGGAUCUGCACCAGAGCGCCACCAUCACUUUCCUUGAGAAAUGGUGUUCAGAUAAGUCACCAUCUGUCUACAGGAAACAUUAUAAUGUCAGGAAAAAAUUGAAGUUAAUUAGAAUCUUAGGCCUUUUCAUGGGCCUGGUAGCCAUCAGCACUGUCCCAUUUUCAAUCGGUGUCUUUUCUGAGACAGAGACACAAAGCACAGGAGAGGCCAGGGGUGCAAAUGGCCCUAGGGUAGCACAAGGUUACCAUCAGAGAACUCUCUUAGAUUUAAAUGACAAGAUUCGGGAUUAUACUCCAUUGCCAACUCAUUCUCAGGAAGGCAGAUCUGAGAAUAGUACAGAUCAUGACCAAGGAAACUACCCAACAGAUCUCUUUUCCCUCGAGGAUCGAAGAAAAGGUGCCAUCAUUCUCCAUGUCAUUGGAAUGAUCUACAUGUUCAUAGCCUUAGCCAUUGUCUGCGAUGAAUUCUUUGUUCCUUCUUUGACUGUCAUCACUGAAAAGCUGGGCAUCUCUGAUGAUGUUGCUGGAGCCACCUUUAUGGCUGCUGGGGGCUCAGCCCCUGAACUUUUCACAUCUCUUAUAGGGGUGUUUAUUGCUCAUAGCAAUGUUGGCAUAGGCACAAUUGUGGGCUCAGCAGUGUUCAACAUCCUCUUUGUUAUUGGCAUGUGUGCUCUGUUUUCUAGAGAAAUCUUGAACCUGACAUGGUGGCCGCUCUUUCGGGAUGUGUCAUUCUACAUCAUUGACUUGAUCAUGCUGAUCAUAUUUUUCCUGGAUAAUGUCAUCAUGUGGUGGGAAAGCUUGCUUCUCUUAACAGCUUAUUUUGCUUAUGUGAUCUUCAUGAAAUUCAACGUCCAAGUGGAAAGAUGGGUGAAGCAAAUGAUAAAUCGCAAUAAAGUCGUCAAGGUGACAGCACCAGAGGCCCCAGCAAAGUCAUCUACAGCCAGGGACAAGGAUGAACCAACUCUACCGGCUAAGCCACGUCUCCAACGAGGUGGAAGCUCUGCCUCCCUCCACAACAGUCUCAUGAGGAAUAGCAUCUUCCAGCUCAUGAUACACACCCUUGACCCACUCGCUGAAGAACUUGGAUCAUAUGGAAAACUAAAAUAUUAUGACACAAUGACUGAAGAAGGGAGGUUCAGAGAAAAGGCUUCCAUUCUCCACAAGAUUGCCAAGAAGAAAUGCCAGGUGGAUGAGAAUGAGAGGCAGAAUGGGGCUGCCAAUCACAUGGAGAAAAUCGAGCUCCCCAACAGCACCAGCACGGAAGUCGAAAUGACGCCAUCCAGCGAUGUCUCAGAACCUGUACAAAAUGGAAGUCUCUCCCACAGCAUCGAAACUGUGGAAGCCCAGCAGACCAUAGAAACGGGUGAAGACGAGGAGGACCAGCCUCUCAGCCUGGCCUGGCCUUCCAACCCCCGCAAGCAAGUGACAUUCCUGAUCGUCCUCCCGAUCGUGCUCCCCCUCUGGGUUACCUUACCCGAUGUCCGCAAAACUUCAUCAAGGAAGUUUUUUCCCAUCACGUUCUUCGGCUCCAUCACCUGGAUCGCAAUAUUCUCUUACUUAAUGGUCUGGUGGGCACACCAGGUUGGAGAGACAAUUGGCAUCAGUGAGGAGAUUAUGGGUCUGACCAUCUUGGCUGCUGGGACCUCCAUCCCUGAUCUUAUCACCAGUGUCAUAGUGGCCCGGAAGGGGCUGGGGGACAUGGCUGUAUCCAGCUCUGUUGGAAGCAACAUUUUUGACAUCACUGUAGGGCUCCCGCUGCCCUGGCUGCUGUACACCAUCAUCCACAUGUUCCAGCCUGUGGCCGUCAGCAGCAACGGCCUCUUCUGCGCCAUCGUCCUCCUCUUCAUCAUGCUGCUCUUCGUCAUCCUCUCCAUCGCCCUCUGCAAAUGGCGGAUGAACAAAGUGCUGGGCUUCAUCAUGUUCGGCCUCUAUUUCGUGUUCCUUGUGGUCAGCGUCCUCCUAGAAGACCGAAUUCUUAUGUGCCCGGUCUCCAUCUAGCCGGAAAAGCCAUAUCUUGAACCAACAGCCUGGAUGGUCCCUCCCCGCUCUGGGUUUUAGUUUCCUUGACAUCUGGAGAAGAGGCAGCUGGCCCCCAGCCCGGGCAUGGGGAGUGUCCCUCGUGGGCAGCUGUGAGGAGGGUGGACUCACGCGGACCCCUCGCUUCUCAGGCUGCUCCCACCCCCGCCUGCUGAAAUGGCUUCAUGCAAGAGACAGAACUGUCCACCUGAGGCUUCUCUCCACUCCCCACUGACAGGUACUCCUCGCUGGUCGGAGGUACAUUUGUUGUAAUGAUGCGCACAAUGACAGAGGCUGUGUAUAUACAUAGAAAAUAUACAUAAUAUAAAUAGAAGCAUAUGGAUACACCCGCCUGUUCCUGUACUAUACCUCUCCUUCUUCCACGCCUAUAGAGUAAUACAGACCUGUGUACAAACACAAAGAAACAUUAUAUAUAUAAAGUUAUAUAACACACACACACACACACACAAAUGCAUCUUUUCAGGGAUAGCUGUAGUAUAUUUAUUGUAUCUAUUUGAAGAGGGGCAUCAACCUUCCGUCUGAGCUUUACCUCUUAAGUACAAGAAGUAAACUAACAGAAUCAUUGCUGUGACCUUCAGCCUACUUUAGACUAACUGGGAACCUGCCGAGUAAGGGGGAUGCUUUCGGGACAUAAGUUUCAGGAGAGAGGGCUGGGUGGAAAGGGUCUGAAGGGGCCCUGAGUUGAGCCCUCCAAAACAUUUCCACAAGCCAAACAGAGAAGACUCUCCACCCACCCCCACUGGGACACACUGGCCAGUCUGUUGCUUGGGACAGACAGAGGUAAAACCCAGACUGGGUUUCUCUGGUUUGGGGGCAGAGGAAAGGUAACCAGGGUUGGGUUUUUUGUAUGGAUAUAUAUAUAUAUAUAUCUCCCCAGCAUGCAAGUAGAAACUAUGAUUAUAAGCCAAAUUAGCACUCUUCUAAGACAGUGAGGCUACAUAAACUGAACCUCAAUUGUUCCAAUGCAUGUCCCAUUAUCAUCAAAAGAAGGGAGGCAAGUUUAGCUGUGAUUGUCAUUUAGACAUAUUUUGAUACUAAGGGCUCACAUAUAAUCAAAAUGCUGCCAAAAGAGCCUGGGUUAUAUAAUAAGAAAUUCCAUCCAGGAGAGGUGCUUAGUGAGACUUGCCAACUAAUGGGAAUGUGAGGGCAAAGUUCUUUAAAGCAUCUGCCAGUGUCAUCAUAAAGGACUUUGGUGUCUGAAGAAAUCAUUAUUCCUUAAAUAGAACUAAAUGGACUCUGAUCGAUACUGCUUGAGUAGAGGCAGCUUAGAGAUGUUUGGAAAGGAAUUUGCACACUAGGAAGGUUUCUGAGUCCAAUGUCUAGUGGUGUCAGGACCAGUAUUUAGCCCAAGUUCACGCAACAUCCAUGUUUCCCCUGCCAUCAGGACUCCAUCUAGGACUCUGUUUAGCCUACGGAGCACACUGAAGACUAUACUCAACAGCUUUUUCACACUGGCUUCAAGCUGGUCCCUCCAAGGUUUUGAUUUCCUGAUUUUGCUCAGCAUUCAUGGGAUAUUUUCAUUCAUUCCAUUCAAUCAAUGCCCUAGGUUCUGUUUGUAUGAUUUCUCAGAUCCAUGUGAAUAGAAAAUAAAACCAGCAGGGGGGAUAAAAAGACAAACUAAAUUGAUUAAAAAUACAGUCUUUCAUUUCUCUAAGUUAUGCUUUUCCUAAAAUCAGUUCAAAAAGUCAGUAGAGGAUGGCUCAUCGUUGGGUACUCAUCCUACACCUAAGUUGGCACACACCACUUAUGGAAGCUAUACCAUAUGUGUUCUUGUCUCCAGUCUAUGGAGUCGGUGAUGCUGCUACGAUUUCAUUGGGAACACAGAUUUCCUAAUGUAGAGAGACAGGAUGAAGAACUCACUGCUAAGAAAAAGAGGGAGGGGGACCUGAGAGCCCCAAAUCAAGCCCAGUGUUCCUUCCACAAAACCUCAGUUCACUCCACAGAGCCUGGCGAUCAUUGCUCUUCGCCCACGCUCAGAAAGCACUCUAAGUGGAGGCCCACUGGGAAAACAAGAAGUCAGGACGGUACCACCCAGGAGGCUGGCUUUCAAGUCUCUCCCACUUUGCAAAGUUAGCUUUUCAGAUGUGUGAGAGCAACCUCAUCCCAUUCAGCAAGGGCAGCAUUUUGAAUUGAGGGAAGAAUAUGUGCUAGUUCCUCAGAGUAAAAGAGAAUAAAUGAACUUUUAGUUAAAAACUCUGCUUGUUUUCCCUGUGCGUGACUUGAAGGGGAGCCAAGUUGGUUAUUUCAAGAAUGUGUAUUAUUAUUGACUGGUUUGUUAUUUGAAAGAAGGUUUCAACAGGUGACUUUGACUUCACAACAGAGAGACUAUGUAAAACCAUAAAGGAUGAGGGAGGUCCAGUGCAGCCCUGUUCUUACUCCAGAACUUCCUGACGAUGCCCACACCUCCUCGCUUAAUUCCCAGAUCACCGCAAAGACUCAUCCAAGCAGCCAUAGAGCCUUUUACUUGCCUGGAGCUCCAUUUCAUAGGGAGUGCUGGGAUCAUUCAUGAAAAGUUGUACUUGAGAAGACAGUGUUUCAUGGCCCCAGGCCCACCUCAGUGGCAUGCACGGAUCACGGCCUACAGCUGCAGCGUCCCCCGCCGGCUGGUGCACGGCUGUCCCCCUGCCCCUUGCUUUCCUUCGUUAUGUGUCUGUGAGGUUAUGUGUUGGGCUAUGGUAAAUCCAGAGGGAAGUGUAUGGGAUACAACCGUAGAUCUUUAAAAGCAUUAAGAUCAUUCACAUAGC